AUGGAAGGGCGGCGCGACUGGAUCUCGGCCGGCGAGAGGAGGGAGGUCGCAGCUGCACUUGCGCGGAGGAGAUCGUGGAGGUCGAUUUGUUGGGUCGCGGCGGAGAUAAUGGAAGAGGCCCAUUCAUGUUCUUCUUCCUCUGUGUCUACAACCAUAUUUAUGAACCUGUGUAAAACUGGGGUUAGGAAAAAAGGGUUAGCGGCAAAGUUGAUGUUGUUGUUGUUGCGUUUUGCUGUUGAGGCACCAUCUAAUGUUAGGGUUUCUGAUUCUGAUUCUGGAUUGGGAUUGGGAUCAGGGUUGGAAUUCUCUGAUGAAUUGGUUUCUUCCACUGUAUCUCCCAUUUUCACUUCCUUUGUCAAAUCGUUCCCCACAAGGAAUAACGAUUUUGAUUUCCCAAAUUUCCUGAUGCUUAAUCAAGCCACUUCACGGCUCAAUUACUCAACAAUUAUGAUGUUGUGUAAGAUCCUCAGAACCAGAGGCAAUAACGGCUAG